GGUUUCCUCGCCCUGCCUCUCCGCGCUCCCUCCUGCCUUCACCUAGUUCCUUAGUGAGAGACAUUUUUUUAUUUAUUUAUUUACCUUUCUUUUUUAUUCCUCUACUUCCUGUGGUUUUCGCCCCAAGUCCCCAUAGCGGUAGCCGGCGAGACAUGGUCAAUGUAGGCACCCAGCUAAGCGCUAAGAUGGAGGCUCCAUAUGACACAUCUCCAUCAGAAGCAGCCAGCCUCAGCAGCUCCAGCAGCCUUGGGGUGAGCACGCUGUGUGCCAUCUGCGGGGACCGCGCCACCGGCAAGCACUACGGCGCCUCCAGCUGCGAUGGCUGCAAAGGCUUCUUCAGGAGGAGCGUCAGGAAGAACCACAUGUACUCCUGCAGAUUUAACAGGCAGUGUGUGGUAGACAAAGACAAGAGGAACCAGUGCCGGUACUGCAGGCUGAAGAAGUGCUUCCGAGCAGGGAUGAAGAAGGAAGCUGUACAGAAUGAACGGGACCGAAUCAGCACCCGCAGAUCAAGUUACGAGGACAGCAGCCUGCCCUCCAUCAAUGCCCUCCUGCAUGCAGAAGCCCUGGCACAGCAGAUAUCAUCCCCUGUUCCUGUGCUCAACGGAGACAUCCGAGGGAAGAAGAUUGCCAAUAUUUCUGAUGUGUGUGAGUCCAUGAAGCAGCAGCUGCUGGUGCUGGUGGAGUGGGCCAAGUACAUUCCCCCCUUCUGUGAGCUGCCCCUGGAUGACCAGGUCGCACUGCUACGUGCACACGCAGGGGAGCAUCUGUUACUGGGAGUUGCCAAGAGGUCCAUGGUGUUCAAGGAUGUCUUGCUGCUAGGCAAUGAUCACAUCAUCCCACGGAACUGCCCCGAGCUGGUGGAGGUGAACCGUGUGGCCAUCCGCAUCCUGGACGAGCUGGUGCUGCCCUUCCAGGAGCUGCAGAUAGAUGACAAUGAAUAUGCCUGCCUGAAAGCCAUCAUCUUCUUUGACCCAGAUGCCAAGGGGCUGAGUGACCCGUCCAAGAUCAAGAGGAUGCGGUACCAGGUGCAGGUGAGCCUGGAGGAUUACAUCAAUGACCGGCAGUACGACUCGCGGGGCCGCUUCGGGGAGCUGCUGCUGCUGCUGCCCGUGCUGCAGAGCAUCACCUGGCAGAUGAUCGAGCAGAUCCAGUUCGUCAAGCUCUUUGGCAUGGCCAAGAUUGACAACCUGCUGCAGGAGAUGCUGCUGGGAGGUUCAUCAAGCGAAACGCCGCACACCCACCACCACCUGCACCCUCACCUGAUCCAGGAGAACCUGGGAACAAACGUCAUUGUGGCCAACACAAUGCCUCCUCAGAUGCACAACGGGCAGAUGUCUACUCCAGAAACUCCACAGCCCUCUCCACCCGCGGGCUCAGGAUCAGAGCAGUACAAGCUGCUGCCUGGAGCCAUUGCAACCGUGGCCAAGCAGCCCACGUCCAUCCCACAGCCUGCCAUCACAAAACAGGAGGUCAUCUAGCAAACCCCACCCAGCCAGCCUCCUUCAGAGCACCGUGUGGGAGAAAAGCCCAAAUUGACUCUGCCACUGUGAAAAGAGAAGCCACCCAGAGGGCCCUGGGCACGGACACACGGACUUGCUUUUUGGACUGACCACCACCAGAAGGUGUCUUCCUGCAGCUACGGACAGCACGUGCCAUGGGCAGCCCCAGAGUCCCAGAACUAAGGCUGAAGCCUUACCAAAACCCUCAGUCCUUGUAAGGAGGGCCAGAUUCCUGCCUCACUCUGUGGGGAGGUGGCAGUGACUGCCUGGGGACAGGCUGCUGCCCCACUGCCACCUCAGCACUGGUUCAGCCACAGCAGACCCUGUGAAUGAGAAUUCCCUGUGCCAUGGGAGUGGAGGGCUUCCCUCCCACAGCCAUGCCAGCCCCCUGACAGUCCCCAGCCCAGCCAGACUUGGUGGAGGUGGACGCUCCCCCAGGAGCAGCACAGCAGGUAAAGCACAUGGGGUUUGCCCAGGCAGCACUGCCAGAACUGCUCCUCAGCCUUGGCUAGUCCCAGCUCUUUGCAUGGUGUCACCCACCAGCACACUAAGCCCUCCAGCCAGACCUAACAAAUUAUUUCAGCUGAUGCUGGGGCAAAGUCUGGCCCACCAAGAUACUCCACUAUUUGGAUCCCUCUGCCUCUUGAGGGGUUUUGAUAUUUCUGUGCCAUGCCUGCCCUCUGACCACAAUGCUCAGAGAGGCAACCACUGCCAAUCUUCCCUUGCAGCACUCACUGCCUCCUGGCAAUCAGAGGGACCAUGGGAUUCCAGAGAUUUCAGCUAAUGGAAGGGGUUCACCCUUUUACAGGCUGGCAUCACUGCCCAAAUAUCACUGUCCCAACUACUGCUUGUCAGCAGUCAGAACAACAUUGGAUGCCUGUUUGGAAGGAAGUAGGGGACAGAUGUAGGAAGGAGGAAGACCUAUGGGGUGAGAAGAGCUUGAGCCUCACAGGUUGGACCAAG